AAAAUGUCUACAGUAACUCCAGUACCGACACAACAAAAUAAGUCGAAAUUCUUGAGUACAGCGCACUGCGUACCGGCUCUUGUAUUGACAGUAUACCGGAUUUUUAUUGUAAUUUAUGUAAUUUACAAGUUAGGAAACGGUAUCAAUUUCUUAUUUUAUUUUUCCGAUGAUUGAAUGUAGAUAAAAAUUAUAAACAGUAAACUUAAUACGUAUUAUCUACGCCUUCAAUUAUGUCUCAAGAUACGAUUCAAAUGCUAGUAGACAUGGGGUUCGAAAAAGAAAAAGUAGAGAAAAGUGUUUCCAUGACUGGAAAUCAAGGUGUCGAAGCAGCAAUGGAAUGGUUGUUGGCACACGGUGAUGAAAUGGAACCAUCAACAUCUAAAAGCGGUAGUACUAGUUCUUCAAACCAUGCAACUAUUGCAAGCUCUUCAUCGUCUCCAGCUGUGGCCAAGUCAUACAAAUGUGAAGAUUGUAACAAGCUGUUUGCCGAUACAGCUGCAUUAGAAUAUCAUGCUAUGAAGUCUGGCCAUAGCAAUUUUUCAGAAUCUACAGAGGAGAAGAAACCAUUAACUGAAGCUGAGAAAAAAGAGCAGAUGAAAAAACUAGAAGAACGUUUGAAAGAGAAACGGAAAGAACGGGAAGCGAGAGAAAAAGAAGAAGAACUAGAAAGAGAAAAAAUGAGAAUUCGUUCUGGAAAAGAGUUAGCUGCUGCAAAAAAAAAGUUAGAAGAUGAAAAUAUUAAAAAAAUUAUGGAUGAGAGGAAACGUGAAAAAGAAGAUGAAAAAAAAGCACGUGAUAGAGUUCGAGCUCAAAUUGAGGCGGAUAAAUUGGCCAGAAAAAAAAUGUUUGGAAAAGCAUCUGGUGAAAUAGAAGCAGUAAAAGUACAACCUGUAAAUCCUCCAAAACAAUCUAAGGACUAUACAGAAACUAAAUUACAGAUUCGCCUUACAAAUGGUCAAACAAUUGUUCAAGCAUUCAAUAUUAAAGAAAUGUUAGCUGCUGUUAGGGUAUAUGUUGAAUUGAAUCGUACAGACGGAGAUACACCAUUUUCACUUAUGACAAGUUUUCCGAGAAAAGUGUUUACAACCGAUGAUUAUGAAAAGCCGCUUGAUCAAUUAGGUUUGGUCCCAAGUGCUGUUCUCAUUUUAACCAAGCCACAAUAAAGAAUUAAAGAAAACAAAUUUAUGGGAUGUUGUAAGUGUAAAACCAAUUAUUUUGACAUUCAUCAUGUUAAUUGUUUUGCAUUUUGCAAUUUAUAAAUACAAGUUCAUAUUUUAUACACAAUAAAAACCCUAUUUGAUUAAUAAUAAUUGGUAUCAAUAAAAUAGUGUGUUUAAAAACAUAUUUUAAGUAAACUGUAAA